GUUCCCAGCCGCGCUGCCUCCCCCGUCUGCCCGCCCGCCCGCAGCCGCGCCGGGCGCGGGGCAUGGCCAGACUCACCGAGGGCGAGGCGAGGAGGCAGCCGCCGCCGCCGCUCCCGCUCCCGCCAGCGCCGCAGCCGCCGCGCCGAGCCUCCCCCAUGAGCAGCAGCGGCGGCGCGGAGCCCCCCGCGCAGCCCGACAGCAUGAAGGACCUGGAUGCCAUCAAGCUCUUCGUGGGGCAGAUCCCGCGCAACCUGGAGGAGAAGGACCUCAAGCCGCUCUUCGAGCAGUUCGGCAAGAUCUACGAGCUCACCGUGCUCAAGGACCGCUACACCGGCAUGCACAAAGGUUGUGCAUUCCUCACAUACUGUGCCAGAGACUCUGCCAUCAAAGCCCAGACAGCACUGCAUGAACAGAAGACUUUGCCAGGGAUGGCGCGCCCGAUUCAAGUGAAGCCCGCAGACAGCGAGAGCCGUGGAGGUAGGGACAGGAAGCUCUUUGUGGGGAUGUUAAAUAAGCAGCAGUCUGAGGAUGACGUGCUCCGGCUCUUUGAACCCUUUGGGGUCAUUGAUGAAUGUACAGUGCUCCGUGGACCUGAUGGCAACAGCAAAGGCUGUGCUUUUGUAAAGUUCUCCUCUCACACAGAGGCUCAGGCAGCGAUCCACGCGCUCCACGGCAGCCAGACAAUGCCCGGCGCCUCCUCCAGUCUAGUGGUGAAGUUUGCUGACACAGAUAAGGAGAGGACCCUCCGUCGUAUGCAGCAAAUGGUGGGGCAGCUGGGGAUUUUCACUCCAUCUCUCACCUUGCCGUUCAGCCCAUACAGCGCCUAUGCGCAGGCUCUGAUGCAGCAGCAGACGACGGUUCUGUCCGCCUCGCACGGCAGUUACCUGAGCCCGGGCGUCGCCUUUUCCCCGUGCCACAUCCAGCAGAUCGGCGCCGUCAGUCUCAACGGGCUGCCAGCCGCUCCCAUUGCACCAGCAUCAGGUGAGGGCCUGGUGUGGGCCAAGGCGCAGCAGGUCCUUCACCACCCACAGAGCUCCGGCCCCGGCACUCAGCACGGUGCUCACACAGGGCUCCAUUCACCACCUCUCCUGGGAACAGCAGCCAUGCCAGGACUGGUGGCACCCAUUUCAAAUGGAUUCACUGGAGUGGUACCAUUCCCAAAUGGGCAUCCAACCUUGGAAACAGUUUACACCAAUGGCCUUGUGCCAUACUCAGCCCAGAGCCCUUCAGUAGCAGAGACUUUGCACCCAGCCUUCACAGGAGUCCAGCAGUACGCAGCUGUGUACCCAACCACCACCAUCACCCCCAUUGCUCAGAGCAUCCCUCAGCCACCUCCUGUCCUGCAGCAGCAGCAGCGAGAAGGUCCUGAAGGCUGCAAUCUCUUCAUCUACCAUCUCCCUCAGGAGUUUGGAGACAACGAGCUGAUGCAGAUGUUUCUGCCCUUUGGCAAUAUCAUUUCCUCCAAGGUGUUCAUGGACCGUGCCACCAACCAGAGCAAGUGUUUUGGUUUUGUAAGCUUUGACAACCCAUCCAGUGCACAGACUGCUAUCCAGGCCAUGAACGGCUUCCAGAUUGGCAUGAAACGUUUGAAGGUCCAGUUGAAACGACCCAAGGAUGCUAACCACCCCUACUGACAGCAGUGAACGAGCAGGAGUCACUUCUGCAGAACAGGUGAAGGCAAAGUCCAGAGGAAGAAUUUCUGCUUCAGGUUGAUUUACAGAGAGGCCAGUAAAUGUAUCAACUCUUUUGACAUCACCCUUUCCCUCCUCCUCUCCCCCACCCCAC